AUGGCUCGGGCGGCGUGGGGGCUGCUGUGGCUGUUGCUGGGCAGCGUCGGGGCGCAGUACGAGAAGUACAGCUUCCGGGGCUUCCCGCCCGAGGAUCUGAUGCCGCUGGCCGCCGCCUACGGGCACGCGCUGGAGCAGUACAAGGGCGAGAGCUGGCGCGAGAGCGCGCGCUACCUGGAGGCUGCGCUGCGGCUGCACCGGCUGCUGCGCGACAGCGAGGCCUUCUGCCACGCCAACUGCAGCGGGCCCGCGCCCGCGCCCACGCCUGGCCCCGACGGCGGCCGCGCGGACGAGUGGGCCCGUGAGCUGCGGCUCUUCGGCCGCGUCCUGGAGCGCGCCGCCUGCCUGCGGCGCUGCAAGCGGACGCUGCCCGCCUUCCAGGUGCCCUACCCGCCGCGGCAGCUGCUGCGCGACUUCCAGAGCCGCCUGCCCUAUCAGUACCUGCACUACGCGCUGUUCAAGGCUAACCGGCUGGAGAAGGCGGUGGCGGCGGCCUACACCUUCCUCCAGAGGAACCCGAAGCACGAGCUGACCGCCAAGUAUCUCAGCUACUACAGGGGGAUGGUCGACGUCGCCGACGAAUCCCUGACGGACCUAGAGGCCCAGCCCUACGAGGCCGUGUUUCUCCGGGCUGUGAAGCUCUACAACAGCGGGGAUUUCCGCAGCAGCACGGAGGACAUGGAGCGGGCCCUGGCAGAGUACCUGGCGGUCUUUGCCCGGUGUCUGGCCAGCUGUGAAGGGGCCCACGAGCAGGUGGACUUCAAGGACUUCUACCCGGCCAUAGCAGAUCUCUUUGCAGAGUCCCUGCAGUGCAAGGUGGACUGUGAGGCCAAUUUGACCCCCAAUGUGGGCGGCUUCUUCGUGGACAAGUUCGUGGCCACCAUGUACCACUACCUGCAGUUUGCCUACUACAAGUUGAAUGAUGUGCGCCAGGCUGCCCGCAGUGCCGCCAGCUACAUGCUCUUCGACCCCAAGGACAGCGUCAUGCAGCAGAACCUGGUGUAUUACCGCUUCCACCGGGCUCGCUGGGGCCUGGAAGAGGAGGACUUCCAGCCCCGGGAGGAGGCCAUGCUCUACCACAACCAGACCGCCGAGCUGCGGGAGCUGCUGGAGUUCACCCACAUGUACCUGCAGUCAGAUGAUGAGAUGGAACUGGAGGAGACAGAACCACCCCUCGAGCCGAAGGACGCCCCAUCUGACACCGAGUUUGAAGGGGAGGGUGACUACGAGGAGAGCAUCUAUGCUGACUGGUGGCAGGAGCCGGAUGCCAAGGGUGAUGAGGCUGAGGCUGAGCCAGAGCCUGAACUGGCAUGAGAAGGGGACAUCUCACACCCCUCGAGCUUGGGAACCCUGGGCCUGAUGGCCCCACCCUCACCAGCCUGAGCAGCAGCAAGACCUUUUUUUUUUUUUCCUGAACAUCUUAAAUUAAUAGCAAGAACUAUUUAUUAAAAACUUAAGAUGGAACCGGGCGCGGUGGCUCACGCCUGUAAUCCCAACACUUUGGGAGGCUGAGGCGGGCGGAUCACCUGAGGUCAGGAGUUCGAGACCAGCCUGACCAAUAUGGUGAAACCUCUUUAAAAAAAAAAAAAAAAAAAAACUUAAGAUGGGGCCGGGCACAGUGGCUCACACCUGUAAUCCCAGCACUUUGGGAGGCCAAGGCAGGUGGAUCAUGAGUUCAAGACCAACCUCGCCAAUAUGGUGAAACUCCAUCUCUUAUUAAAAAUAUAAAAAAUUAGCCAGGCGUGGUGGUGGGCGCCUGUAAUCCCAGCUACUCAGGAGGCUGAGGCAGAGAAUUGCUUGAACCUGGGAGGCAGAGGUUUCAGUGAGCUGAGACCAUGCCACUGCACUCCAGCCUGGGCAACAGAGGGAGACCCCAUCUCAAAAAAAAACAAGAUGGACCAGACACGGUGGCUCACACCUGUAAUCCCAGCACUUUGGGAGGCCAAGGUGGGUGGAUCACUUGAGGCCAGGAGUUCGACAGCCUGGCCAACAUGGUGAGAUGUCCCUUCUCUACUAAAAUACAAAAAUUAGCCAGGCAUGGUGGCAGAUGCCUGUAAUCCCAGCUACUCGGGAAGCUGAGGCCAGAGAAUCACUUAAACCUGGGAGGCAAAGGUUGCAAUGAGCUGAGAUCGUGCCACUGCACUCCAGCCUGGGCAACAGAGCAAUACUCUGUCUAAAAAAAAAAAAAAAGAUGGAUACACUGACCGGACCCCUGUCCUGCCCCACCCGUGAGCACUGCGCCCCAGACCCAUCCUGCCUCUUCUGUGUAUCUCUGGACCACAGGAUGGUGGUGGCAUUGCAGGUUGGCAAGUGGGCUGACGGGAUCUGCCCUCCUCACCGCUGAGCCCCUCACCUGGACAGUCUCCUGGACGAGAAGGUUCCAUCUGCUGACUGGAGUCUCAGACUGAAUUGCAGAGGGUCCUCCAGGGUCCUGAAGAGCACUGGACUAGGAGUCUAGUGGUUCAAUAAAUGUUUAUUGACCAGUA